CAGACAACGGUUUUGACCACAAGAAGUGAAAAUGGCUUCAUUUGCAGUUUCUGUUCAACAAACGGCAUCAAAGCCAGAAUAAAGUCAGAACUUGGUCGUGAAGGUAUUUAUUUGACCUCAGAGAGUCGGAGGAUUUUAUGUUUCUGCCUCGAAUGUGUAGAAGAUGCUGCAGUUAGGAGACGGUGCGACCUGCUUUUCGGCUCUGUUUGUGCUCGUGCUGCUCGUCACCAGGAGCACAGUGUGCUCCAUCGGCCUCACCGCUAUUCUCUACCUCUUUCUGGUGGUGUUCCGAUUCCCACAAGUCCCCUCGAGCCGAUCCCGACAGGUGCUGCGUCCCGGGAGGCUCGCGCACGGCGCGUUGUCUGUGGUCGCUCACCGGGCCGGUGCGCACGACGCACCUGAGAACACCAUAGCAGCAAUAAGGGCGGCCAGCGCGAACGGAGCGACAGGAGUGGAGCUGGAUUUGGAAUUCACAGCAGACGGUGUCGCCAUCCUGAUGCAUGAUGAUACCGUGGACCGGACCACCAACGGAUCAGGACCACUGAGCAAGCUGCGCUUCUCAGAGAUUGUCAAAUUGGACGCCGCUGCCAAACACAGACUCAGCGACCGUUUCCGUGGCGAGAAGGUUCCGACUCUGCAGGAAGCAGUGGAGGAAUGCAUUAAACACCAGCUUAUCAUCUACUUCGAUGUCAAAGGUCACCCAGACGAGGCCGCAGCAGCCUUGAAGCAGCUCUAUGUAAAACACCCGGUGCUCUAUAACUCCAGCAUGGUGUGUUCAUUCGAGCCUAAAGUCAUCUACAGGAUGAGGCAGGCCGAUCCGGAUGUCGUGACCGCUCUGACGCAUCGGCCGUGGAGCCUGAGUCACUUCGGUGACGGUUCACCGCGAUUCUCAUCGGCUUGGAAGCAGCACUGGAUGCAGGUACUGGAUGUGCUACUGGACUGGGCGCAUCAUCACCUGCUGUGUAAACUGUGUGGCGUGUCUGCUUUCCUGCUGCAGAAGAACUACAUCUCCAUGGACACGGUGCAGUACUGGGCAGAGCGCGGCGUUGAUGUCGUGGCCUGGACAGUGAACACGGCUGUGGAGAAGAACUUCUACCAGCAACAACUGAACAUCAACUACAUCACAGACAGUCUGACAGAAGACUGUGAGCCACACUACUGACACUAACACGCACACACACAUUCUCACUCAUACACACACACACACACACUCACUCAUACACACACACUCUCUCACUCAUACACACACACUCUCACACACACACACACACAAUCUCACUCAUACACACACGCACAAACAUACUCUCUCUCUCACGCACUCAUUUGCAAAGCAAAUGCACACAGCAUUUGGCCUUAAAUUAUUAUUAGUUCUUCUUAACACCAUGUUCAUUAGUUGAAUAAAUGAAUAAAUUGUUGUGAUUUACAAGUUGGUCGGUUUUCGGAAUACCACAUUUUUCAGAAUAUAGGUUUGUUUUCUUCUAGUAGGUGCUGGGAAUUCUAUUCUAAAGAACCAGCAAAUGUUAAGUAUAUGUGUAUAGUUUCAUAUUAACACGCUUGUCCUGACAAGUCAUUGUUGCUAUAGUAACAGCUCCUUAGCACAGUGAAGGCUCCAAGUAAUCUAAGCCUAAAUGUGUAAUAAUAGACGGAAUGCGGGUUUUUGUUUUCUUACAGUCAGGACAGGAGUCUUUACGUUUUCCGUGACAUGCUGCUGUGAUUUUCAAGCGAAAUAAAAACAGAAGCUGGUGAAGAAGUGUCUGUUUACAGCUGCUUUCACGUAAGGGUAGAACAGGAGUUGACUUGUUUUUAACUUGUUUAAGAGGCUAAAAAAAACACUGACACACUGGGUGUGCUGUUAUAUGCAAAUCGGUUGUUGUUUCCUAUAACAGCAAGUCACCUGCUGUGUUACAAACUUGUUGGUUUUCUCUGUGAGGAAAAGAUUACACACACACACACACACACACACACACACACACACAAAACCUCAGUUAAUCCUUUAAACAGUGCCAUAGUGUGUUUAAGGCACUGAACGUAUCUGUUGUCAUUUCUGAACGAUGGUAUGAUAGAAAAUUUUGCUGUGUUUCAGUGUACAUUACUCAGGUGAUUAUAUAUGAUAUACAUAAAAAUAAAUGACAGAAAGUUUAAGUUUUUGGCUUGGUUCAGAUUUCUGUGUAGUUAAUAAUUAGCUUAAGGUUUAUCACGAUUUAUGGUCUUAUUUCAUCAGCGUAUUAUAUUUGUAAAAUUCAUGCUAGAUAAAAAUCCGUCCACAGAGAUCAAAGUUGUUAUUGUUUUCACUAGUAGAUUAGAUCAGGCAGUCUGUAGAUAACAGUAAAUAUAUCUGAGUGUCUGUGAAAGAUAACAUGCUCACCCCAGAGUCCAGUCUUCCCUCUUACAGACUACGCGUGCUGUGUGUUUGGUCUUCAUUACGAGUAUUAAGCAAUUCUAAAUAAAAAUAAAUCAAUUCUCACUAUCUGAAUACUUUCAUCAGUAGCACUGAUCCCACAGUAUACAAUUAUCUGAUAAUGUGCGUCAGCAGCUACUGGGCAUUAAGAAGAGUCUAUGAGUCCUGAAACGCCAAGUCUUACAAAUCAAAAAUCAAACAAAAUGACUCUGAGGUGCUAUUAGUUAAAGAAGGGUCAAACAUUUACAACACAGAAGCUCAAUUCAAUUGUUGAACCCGACUAAAGGUUCAUUAGAAUCUGUGUAGUCAUUUAAAUCAGGCGUCCAGCUAGGGAGCAAACUAAAGCAACAAACUAUCACUAAACACUAUUGGCAUUAGCUAGAGAAAAACCUUGAUACUGCACUUUUUUAAUUUCCAAAAAAGCCACUUUAAAGAUUUAACAGAAACUGGUAAAUCAGUGCAUGUUUACUUUAUAAACCAUUUGUACUUGAUCUAUGAUGAAUUCAAAGAAUAAAUGAAGAAGAGUCGUUGAUUGUUGAUUUAACACACUGAUUGUUCAUGAACACACUGAUUAUUGAUGAACACAAUGUUGAUUUAACACACAGAUUGUUGAUGAGCACAGAUUGUUGAUGAGCACACUGAUUGUUGAUGAACACACUGAUUGUUGAUUAACACACUGAUUGUUGAUUAACACACUGAUUGUUGAUGAACACACGGGGUAACAGUUCAGUACUUAAUUGCAUCUUCAUACUAAUUACAUAUUUAAAAAACGAAUGUAACAUGAAUGAUUCAGAGCAUGUUGUGGACUGUAAAAUGAUCAAUAAACUGGUUAAAGAGUU